UCUAUGAUAAUGAUGUGUAUCUAUUGCAUAUUUGUGACGAAUGGCAGACAAAAAAUAAACAACAUUGGCCUAAAUUAUUAAGAUUCCUUUCGAAUUUAAUACAAACUGAACAUGAGACCAAGGAUUCCAGUGCCAUUUUUCGAGUGAUUGAUCAUGAUUUACAUGCUGAUUUAGAUGACAAACCAGAUCAAUGCGUCAUUUUCUAUGCUAAGCAAGGAAUAAUUGAAUCUCGAAAUUUCUAUCAAGAUUCAUUACAGAGCAUUUUGCCGAAACAAAUAAAAUUAAUUCGAAAACAAAAUCCAAGUCUUUCCGAAGCUGCAGUUUUGGAAUUGCAUAACAAAUUCAUUAGUCGAAGUCCAACUGGGGAGCUGACAAAAGCGAUGUUGAUUGCUGCACUCAAAGAAGUUUAUUCAAAAGGAAAUGUAACGAAUUAUUGCAAUUAUGCAUUCUCUAAAAUUGAUAAGGACAAAAGCGGUACAAUUACGUUUGUGGAAUUUAUGUCGGCUAUUGCUCUAACGCAACCAGAUAAUGUCGACAAACGCCUCGAAAUGGUAUUUUUCAUGUGUGAUGAGGACAAUUCCAAUGCAAUUGAUGCUGAAGAAAUAAUAAAGUUUAUCGAAGUCAUUUCAGAGUUAGAAGAUGAAAAGAACGCGAUUGAUAUCAGUACUGCAAGAUCAAUUGUCACAAAAAUGAUGGAAAUCUGUGGAAAGAGUCCAGACGAUAAUUUUACAAAAGAAGAGUUUCUACGAUGCUGUAAAACGAACGAGCAGGUGUGUGCAGCAUUCCUGCCCAACACAGCAAAAAUAAAUGUCAAGCCUACUAUCAGUGAGUCGACUAAAACGGAGUCUUCAAUACCAAUCAAUACACUUACACUCGACCAUUGUAAUAUUAAUCUACUGAAAGACGACCAAUGGAUUAAAACGAACUUUUCUCUCGAAAAAAUACCAGAUGGUUGUGAACCUCUAUACGAUGAAUUCAAUCAAAUCGUACCCGCAUGGGCUACGUCUUACCAGCUGGGCACAUUCAAACAGGAUCAUGUCAAAUUGUUCGAUGAUACUCAAUCACCGUUGCUCUCCCUUCAUCCUGUAAUCGAAUUUUCGGUAUGUAUUGCUGCUCGCAAAGAUUGUGGCGCAAAAGCCACACUCUCGCUCACAUUUUCCGAUGGUCACGUAUGGAAUUGCAAAAGAGAAUAUAAACAAUGGAAUGACGGACGUUGGCAUAGAAUAACAUAUCGUUAUUCACAAUACAAGACUUUACCAACGGAUGUUACUGUUGUGAUGCAAGGAUGUGAUACAAAAUAUUGGGCCGGGUAUUUUGGGAUGAAAUUUGCUCAGCCUUGCCUUCAACUCGUGUUAAACAACGGCACACAAGACAAAACACCGAAGGAAACGGAUGUCAUCAUCAAAUCCCGAUAG